GGGAUUGGGGCUUCCUUUGGAGAGAAAAAAGUUUUCUUGGUGUGAAGAGGAGCCCUUUAACCUUAUUAAACCUGGAGGAAUAACUCACUAGGUGAGUGAAAAAGAUAACCUGAUGUUAACUGCAGGGCUAUGUCGUGAUUCCAGGAGUUGUAAAAAGGCUCCGUCUUGUUUAUUUUGUGAGGUCUUACUUUUUCCUCGCACGUUUUACAAUUUGAAAUAAUGGGGGGUGCGGGUGUUUUGGAUGCAAAUUGAGGUCGGAAUGUGAUCUCCGUUACUGCGAUCGCCAUCCUGGAUCUCAGAAAUUCCAUUGUCCAGCGUAGGAUUUGCUGCAGGCGGGAAAAUCACCCGACGGACGCGGCUACAUGGAUUCCUGCGUGGACAGACCAGGCAGCUCUUGUUGAUACACACUUUCUAAAUCUUGUAGUAGGAGGAGGCGUGAGAGCCCAGUACAGCUCUGUGGGUCUGAAGUUGUGCUCUUUGUGGCAUGUAGGCUUGAACGUAGUGGCCUGCUGUUCUUCGAUCUUGAGAGGAGAUAAGAAGACACCAGAUAUUAGACCACAGUCUGAACAAUUUGUUUGAAGAUGUGGAUCUUGAAUCAUCUCAAUGGAACCAGCUUCAUGUGACAUUGAUUCUUUCUGUAACCUGCAUUUGAAAAUGUGGUGGAACUGAAAAGUGCAGAGGAAAACAAAUUACUUGUGCAGUUAUUUAUCAAAAUGUCCCACGCGGUGUCUUUCACCUUUCAGGACUUUGAGAAUGGAGAUCCUACCAGCCAAGACCUAAGUCCAUAUGAUGAAGGGGCCGUGCAUGAUUCCUUCCACCAGCUAAUUAAGGAGCAGAGCAGUUUGGCUGAGCAAGAGUUGGUGGAGAUGCAAGAUCUGGCUAACAGGAGCAAAGAAAAUCUGGUUCAUCUCUCAGAUCUGACUGGAACUUGGAACCCAAAUGCACAGCUGGCUGAGCAUCCUGAUUUCUCUUCCACCACAUUGCGCAUCCUUGCCAAUAUGCCCAGCCGGACUAUUGGGCGCAGCAGAGGAGCCAUCCUGUCCCAGUAUUGCAACCGCACUGCCAGGCGACGGCGACGGAGCAACCGUGCCCCUCUCCAGGAAGUAUCCCGUUCUGCACGGCCUAGUUUUCGACAGCUGUCUCUAGAGUUGGAUUCCAGUUACAGAGAAGAAGACCCCAAGUAUAUUUUGCUGGUCAAAGAACUCCAGAACCUGCCAGUACAUCAACGCAAUCACAUGCUGCAGAUGAUGCCUCUAAGCUUGGCUGAGAAGCGCAGACUCAGGCAGGAUUCAAGUGGGCAUUCAGGCACCUUGAGGAAACCCAAGGCAACGGGUCGCUUGUCUUAUUGCAGCUGGAUUAAAUACCACAUCCUAAUAGGCUUCCGGAAUUUUUGGUACAAUCUGCUGUCCUUCCUUCCUAUUCUCCAGCCCUGGCAUUAUUCCCUCAAGGAGAUCAGUGGCCGCUUUGGCUCUAGCAUCCUCUCCUAUUUCCUAUUCCUCAGGACGUUGCUUUUCUUCAAUCUCUUUAUGUUCCUGAUCCUGCUAGUCUUUGUAGUUGCUGUGCAGGCUGCUUUCCCUUCUGCAAUACCCAACAGUGUGGCUUUCACAGGGUCUGAUCUCUUAACUGGAGCAGGCUACUUCAGUCACACACUGAUGUAUUAUGGCUACUACAGUAAUUUCACACUAAAUGCUCCUGCUGCUUCUGAGGCUAAUAGCACCCAUUACAGGCAACACACACAUAGCCGGAUGUCCUACAAUAUGCCUCUGGCUUACCUCUUUGUUACUGGAAGUGCCUUCUUUGGAAUCUGCUUUCUCUUGAUCUACAGUAUGUAUCACUCCUUUGGGGAAAGUUACCGUGUAGGCAGUGCAUCAAGUAACCUGGCAGUCAAAGUCUUCUGUUCCUGGGAUUACAAAGUGAUUCAGAAACGCUCAGUCCAACUCCAGAGUGAGAACAUUCGCACACAUCUGAAGGAGUGUCUGGCUGAGCAGAGGCUAGAAUCCUGUUUAAGCUUUUCUAAGAAACUUCAGGAACUCGUAGUCUUGCUGGUGGCCUGGACUGUAUCCCUAAGUACUGUUGCAGGCACUGCCAUUGGUAUACACUACUUUUCUGAAUACGUACAUCAGGUUUUGCAUGAGGAGUUUUUGAAAAACAACCAUACUGGGAAAGAGUUGUUGCUCCUGGCCCUGCCUCUGGUUGUGUCUCUCAUUAACUUGCUUAUGCCGUAUUUUUACAACCUCCUGGCUGCGUGGGAGAAACAGGAAUCUCCAGUCCUGGAGGUGUACAUUGCCAUUAGCAGGAAUUUAAUUCUCAAGAUGGUCAUCUUGGGCUUACUGUCCUACCAUUGGCUGAGUUGGAAAGUGACAUCUUCAGAGAUUCAGUGCUGGGAAACCUUUGUGGGGCAGGAGCUCUACCGUUUGAUGGUCAUGGAUUUGAUUUUCAUUCUCCUGGACGUCAUCUUUGGAGAGCUGAUAUGGAGGAUCAUAUUGGAAAAGAAGCUACAAAGUAAACAGAGGCCUGAAUUUGACAUUGCUAGAAAUGUGCUAGAUUUGAUUUAUGGACAAACCUUAACCUGGCUGGGGGUUUUCUUUGCCCCACUUCUUCCUGUGGUUCAAAUCCUCAAAUUGCUGCUGCUGUUCUAUGUUAAGAAGGUCAGCCUAAUGAGAAAUUGUCAAUGUCCCAGCAAACCCUGGCGUGCAUCUCACAUGAGCACCAUCUUCAUCUCUUUGCUGUGCUUUCCUUCAUUCCUGGGUGCCUCCGUAUUCCUCUCCUAUACCAUCUGGGCAAUAAAACCAUCAGAAAUGUGUGGACCUUUUCAAACUUUUGAUACCAUCUAUGAUUCUUGGAAGGUAUGGGUACUAAAGCUGGAAGAAUCCAAUCCAAAUAUCACUUGGUUUACCUGGAUCCAUCAAAACCUCUUCCAAACUUCCUAUUUCCUGUUGUUAAUCUUUGCAAUGUUGGUGGCUGUGAUCUACUUCACCAUUGAGAUGGUAAAGGGUCUUCGGAGUAUCAUUUCAAUACUAAAGGGUCAGAUUGCCAAUGAAAGAGAAGACAAGAAGUUUCUCAUUCAACGACUUCAUAUUAUAUAUGAAAAAUGAAAGUACAACAGGGUGAAAAUGAGGUAAGGCCAUUUGGAACUAAUUAGGGCAGGACAGGCAGGACAGGACAGAGAUAUGUCAAACAAUGGGACCCAAAUAGUUGGCUAAAAGCUUUGCUCAAACUAGCAGACAGCCUAUGCUAAAUCCACAUAGCUAGUAGCCUCUCAUACCAUAUAGUUUGGUUUGGGAAUUCUGCAGUAGUUGUUUUGUGUUUUCUCUCUUUCAGUAGACCAAAAUACCAAGUGCAAUUACAGGUUUCCCUAAGCCCCUUCCUUCAGUGUACAAUACUGUAGCAAAUUACCAAAUUUUCCUGCUGGAGAACUCGUGACUCCAGACAUGGAUAUCACUCUGUCUUCUGGCUCUAUUCAAACUUGAAGAGAUGCCCCCUUUGCAGACGCUCCCAGUUUCAACUCAGCUCGUUAGGAUCUGUCUGGUUUGCUCGCAUUUCUUAUUAAGAAUUGGCUGUUUUUGGAGUUGGUAAUUGCUUCUUUUUAACAUCUGAGAGCUGUUCUUUCAUAGCAGCAGUGGUGUUGGUGGAUUGGGGCGGCUGUUUGCCGCGGACGCGCUGCCCACUCAGUUUUUUGAAGGGAUUUCCUCAGCCGAGGGCCUUCUUUUGCUCCAUGCAAGGCAACCAGCUGGUUUUCGGCUGGAGAGCAGCACGGGGAAGCGCCACCAUUACAGGUUGCGGAGAUAGGCAGCUAGGAGAACGGGCACCAUCAUUCCACCCUUGGCAAAUCAGGCAGUGUUACAGCGGCUAGGAAGGCGGCCGCCAUUAUUUAGCACACAUCUUGAUCACCCAGGCGAGCAUGGCUAUGGAGAAAGCAGCCAUUUCUCUAGUGACGACCACGCGAUAGGCAUCCAGUGGGGGUGCAGAGCAGCGUGGUGAGGGGCCUGGAGCUUAAAAUUGCUUGGCCUACAUACAGCCCACUUCUCCUCAGGAUCAUGAGUAGAAGGAGGAGGGUGGCGAAUUGGAAGUACUGGGCGCAGGAGUACAUGACUAAGGGUGAUUGGGUGCUAUUUUGAGAGCCGUUCAGAGCCUGCCAGGUGCAGUGGCCAUUUUGUCGGCAUAUCUCUAUAGCACAGAGAAGAGAGCUGUCAUAGGGCUCGGUUCUCAGCCCUCCAGCACAGUGCAAGUCCUCAGAGAGCAGCGUGAAGAGCCCUGGGCCUGAGCCCCUUUAGCCUCCGAGGUGAAGUAAAUAAAUUGAAAAGGUCUUUUUUCAGACCAGGACUAGCCUAAGUGCGGCUGGUUUCAGGCAGCAAGGCUUGGCAUAUAUUUUGGGCUCUGAGCAGGCAGUUUCAGCUUGCAGAGCAGAGUGAACCACAGUUUAGGGUGUUGACCCUUAUUUAUUUAUUUAUUUAUUUAUUUAUUUAUUUAUUUAUUUAUUUAUUAUUCGUAUUUGUAUACCGCCCUAUCUCCCGAAGGACUCAGGGCGGUUCACAGGCAAAUAAAAACAGUAAUAUACAAAUUAAAAU